UUUCUUCUGGUAAUACAUUUAUUUUAAAUUGCAAUAAAAUUAGAAUUAAAAUAUAGUGCAUAUUUUAAUAUAGAGGAGAUAGAAAACAGUAAUAUGGAGAAUAUGGCAGGAAAUGAGAAUCCACAAAUGGCACAUCAAAUGUCAUCUCUGAUGAGCAUGCCUGCAAAUAAUAAUCAUGGAGUACCAGGAAUAGAUCCUCCUAAAUCACUACCCAGUUUAUUAAGUUUAAAAGUAAGUCCUCCAAGUGAAUUACAAAAUCAAACUACACCAGAUGAUGUAGGCAGAGAUACGGAUACCGAUUCAAUGAAGUUACCAGCAGCUUUAGAACAAGCUCUUGCUUUUAAAACAGAAAGAGCUAAAGAAGUUGGUGCAGAUCCUAAUGAUAUUGUAUCAUUAGGAAAAUCACCUAAUCAUGAAAUUGUAGGAGAAGAUGUAUCACAGUUAGACGAUGUUAUAAUUGAACCUGAAACAACAACAGAAAAAACAGAUGCAAAAAUGAAUAAGACUAAAAAGAAAAAGAAGAAAAAGAGGAAGAAGCACAGCACAGGAAAAGAUACAGAAAAUAAAAAAGAUAACAUAGAAAAUGCAAAACCAAAAGAAGAUUUGCCUGAAAUUGAAUAUAUUCAAGAAAUUCCAAGUGUUAAUGAUUUGGAACCAAUGUAUCGUCAAUUUGCUAGAAUUUUUGAAGCAUUUAAACUAACUGAACCUGAACCUAAAUCUGCAGAAGCUGAUAAAGGUGAACCAAUAGGUCAGUAUCCACCAGUAACUAAUUUACAAACCACUGGGACAGUACCUAGCAAAGUGCCACCAUUAGAUGAUUUUGACGAUGAUGUGAAUCAGCAACAGCAACAACAAGGAAGUGGAGAAAAUGGUACUCCCCGUCUUUCCAAAAGGAAACUGAAAAGGUUAACACGCUUGAGUGUAGCAGAAUUAAAACAGCUUGUAGGACGUCCUGAUGUUGUAGAGAUGCAUGAUGUUACUGCUAGAGAUCCAAAACUUCUUGUACAAUUAAAAGCUCAUCGAAACACAGUCCCUGUACCAAGGCACUGGUGCUUUAAAAGAAAGUAUUUGCAAGGCAAACGUGGUAUAGAAAAACCUCCUUUUGACUUGCCUGAUUUUAUAAAACGUACAGGCAUUACAGAAAUGAGAGCUAGUCUUCAAGAACGGGACGAUACACGUACAUUAAAAGCUAAAAUGCGAGAAAGAGCAAGGCCGAAACUCGGUAAAAUAGAUAUUGAUUAUCAGAAAUUACACGAUGCAUUUUUCAAAUGGCAAACUAAACCGCGUAUGACCAUUCAUGGUGACUUAUACUAUGAGGGAAAAGAAUUUGAAACACGAUUAAAGGAAAAGAAACCUGGAGAGCUAUCUGACGAACUACGUACCGCACUUGGCAUGCCUGUAGGACCUAAUUGUCAUAAAGUACCACCACCAUGGUUAAUUGCUAUGCAACGUUAUGGACCACCACCAAGUUAUCCCAACUUAAAAAUACCUGGUUUGAAUGCUCCAAUUCCGGAGGGGUGCGCAUUUGGUUACCAUGCUGGUGGUUGGGGAAAACCUCCUGUAGAUGAAACAGGAAGACCUUUAUAUGGAGAUGUAUUUGGUAUUUCACGUACUCCAGGUGGAGAUAAUAUGGAUGAAGAGAUUGAUAGAGGAAUGUGGGGUGAACCUGAAUCAGAAUCUUCUGGAGAUGAAGAUGAAGAUGAAGAUGCAGAAGAAGGUGGAGAAGGUGAAGGAGAAGGAAAGGAUGGAGAUGGAGAUGCAAGUGGUUUGGUUACACCUGGUGCAGAAGGUUUAAUAACACCAAGUGGAAUUACAUCAAUUCCUGCUGGAUUAGAAACGCCAGAAACAAUAGAAUUAAGGAAAAAGAAAAUUGAGAGCGAAAUGGAAGGAGGCGAUACACCUGCUUUGUACACAGUUUUACAAGAAAGAAGAACAGAAGGUCUUGGGGCAAGCAUGAUGGGUAGUACACAUGUAUAUGAUAUGACGGGAGCAGCGGGAGGUCAAGCACCACCGUCUGUAAUUGCUGCUCGUCGUGGAGUAAGUGGAACAGCAUCUGACGGAAGAACAGAAAAAGACGGAGCUGUUGAAUUAGCGUUAGAUCCAAGCGAAUUGGAUUUGGAUUCUGAAGCAAUGGCAUCGCGAUAUGAAGAAACUAUGAGGUCACGGCAAGCUCAUUUAAGAAGAGAAGAUUUAUCGGAUAUGCUUCAAGAUCAUGUGCAACGGCAAAAAAGCAAACGUAAACGUCAACAAAGUCAAGAUUCAAAAGCUUCUAAAAAAUAUAAAGAAUUCAAAUUUUAAGUUAAGUAAACUGAUACAGUGUAAGAACCAGAUUUUAUUUGGAAAAUAUAGGAGUUAUAUUAUUAUUAAUAUCACAAA